AUGGUAGAGAGACCCCAGGUUCAGGGUAGAGUUUACGCUCUCACAUCAGUUGAGGCUGAGCAAGGCAGCGGGACGAUCCAAGGUAUUCUAUCUCUCUAUAAUCAUGAUGUUCAAGUGCUUUUUGAUAUUGGAGCUACACAUUCUUUUAUUGCACCACAUGUUAUGUGUUAUAUUCCACAUUCUUGGAUCGCGUUUCCAUAUCAUUUGAUUGUGUCUACCCCUGGGGAUAGAGUCAUGGUGGGGCGGGGGAAAUUUGAAAAUUGUGAGAUAGGAGUGCAUGAUAGGAAGUUAUUGGGUGAUUUGAUCAUUCUUGAUAUUAGUGACUUUGAUUUGAUCCUUGGUAUGGAUUGGUUAUCUUGA